AACUUCGACCUCCAUCACUAAGUUCAGUGCCGCAUCGUCUAUCAGUCAGCACCGUUGGAUUGUCCUGGGCACCGAGCGCGACAUGUCGGGGCUUCGAGAUUGAAUAGUGCGAAGUUCUGCUACACGGAAUCUGUACUGGCAAUGGACUCUAGUCUGGGAAAUGGAGCGGGUCAGCGAGAGGCGAAAUUGUAUGCCAUCAUAGGGAGAAAGGACUAUCAGAUCGAGGAGCUGCAAGAGGAGAAUGCCGCCUUGCGUGCAAGACUUGAUGCUGCGCUGAAGCAGAACGUCCAAAGCAGAAACGCAACAAACGCCACCGGACGCCCAUCUGGUCCCGCAUCGCCUGAAGCGAGUUCUGGCCCACGCGAGGUAUUUGAAGAUGUCGACUUAGAGACCCUCCGUCGCGCGCAUAGGGAACUGCAAUCGAGGCAUCAAAAUCUCGAGGCUCUACACCGAGCAUGUGAGCCCAGAAUCAAUGCACUCGAUGCUAAAUGCAAGGACUAUAAGAACAAGGUACUCUUGUGGAAGCAGUAUAUUGACAAGCAAACGAAGGAAGGCCGGAUACCACAAUCAAAGAAUGCCGAAAAUGUUCAAAGAGACUCCGCUCCGGCCGAGUGUCAGCCCGUCGAUGGUAACCACGCGCGCGCUGCGGAUCUGAUGCCGCACCAAGAACGUGUACUCGAGAGAACUCAUGAUCUAGAACAAAGAUCGUCCGCGUUGCCCAGUGCGCGUUCGAGUGCAGCACCCUCGAAGAGUCCUGCAAGGGCAGAUGUCGACGAGCCAAUCCAGACCUGCGAACCGCACACGCGUGCCACCUCCAGCCAGACCACCGUCGAGGAGACACAGCCUCCAGCACGCACUAUUGAUGAGAUUCCGAAUAGCAGCGACGAUGAACCCGAGUUAGUGUCGGAACGCUGUCUCAAGCGGAAGGCGGGACCUCGAGCUAUGAAGCGAUCGCCUGCCCGUCGAAUAAAGCUGGAGCCGAGAUCGCCAGAUGGUGCUGUUCUGCUCUCAUCUGACCCACCCCUCCCUGGAGAUGCAAGAUCGCCCAGGAUCGCGCCGCUGCAGCUGAUGUACUCUGACCUUGAUCGUAUAGAAGUGCCAAAGGUCACUGAUCAGCAGCCGCGAGGCGUCGAGAGCAUUCAAGACCGUGCUCGUUCGGUAGAACACUCAAGGCCUGCGCCGCAACUAUCCAGGAGCAUGUCCUCUCGCUCGGAAGGCAAUCUUGACACUCUCGUGAGGGCAGCAGCAUUGGUACCCACGACGACAGACCCAUCAGAAACACCUUCAAAAGUCGCCGCGAGGGAAGAGUCGAGUACAUUCAACAAACAAGCCUUAAGGCCGAUCAGUGUCAAUGUGCCUCGAUCAAACGGUGGCAUAAGGAAUACUAAGCGCAAGUCAAAAGCCAGUGGGCUCAGAGGGAAGGUUGACAUCCUGUCGGAGGACGGCGAUGACUCUAGUCAGGUCAACGCGGCUGCCAAAGAUACUGGAGCACCGCCCAAGCACCAGGAUGAUAAGCUCGCUGGCCUGCUUAUGGGACUCCCCUCGGACACCACACCCGCCUCAUCUCGAAGCGUGAGGAGGUCCGCGCGUCAUUCGCAAGUCCGAACUCCAGCACAGCCUCCAACGCCCCUCUCUGGGCUCAAAGCCAAGUCUCCAAGCAAAUCACCUUCGAAGCGACUGCUACCUCGUGGAAUCGAGCCGCCUCCUCGUUCUCUACAGCCAGAGGAGGAGCCACUGCGUCUGCGAGACGUGAGGACUCUGAGACGUGAAGACUUCAAGGUCAACCCCAAAUACCUUGGAACCGACAUGGCUUUUGCCGACACGCUUCGAGGGCGCGAUGAGCGUAGGAACUUGCACGUCUGCACCAAACCCGACUGUUGUGGCGGCGCAAUGCAGAAAGUAAUGGCUAUGGGCGGGCAGAAACUCACCGGCAAGAGCGAUGCUCAGGUUCUCACUGAAUACCUAGGCCCUCAGUACAGGCAGAUCAUGAGCAAGUAUGGAACGACAAAGCAGAAGGAGACAGUUCUGCAGGCUUAUGCGCAUGUGUUCGCGAGGGAACAUGGGAAACAUCGACAGGCAUUUGAGCGUCAAAGCACACCACCUGGAUUCUGGAGAACAGAUUUUCCGACCACGCAGGAGGAUCUUGAAGAUCGGCAGAAAGCGCAGGAAGCUGAGAGGCGAGAGGUCGAGGCUCGAUACCGUGAGGCCAUGAGACCGGGUGGUCAGUACAUCUUCAGAGACGAAUAG